CAGCCACCAGACGGGAUCUCCAAACGGGAAGCCGUUUCGAGACAUUCAAGCCUGCAUUCAAAGACAUCACCAACCCAAACCAAAGUGCGAAAUACAGCAGAAUUGGGGUUAGAGAGAGCCCCUUUACCAACUCUUCCAGCAUCUCAAACCUGCGGUGCUCGGGCUAGGUUCGCGCUUGAAGCACCCAAUCUCCUUUGGUCGCCUCGUUGAGCCUUGAGCCAGCGACGGGCUUGGUUAGUAGGGCUAAGGCGGUACUUGGCUGCCACACGCUUUC